AACAGCUUUCAGAUUGAUUGACAGCGCCACGGGAACAGCUCAGCAUCGCAACAGCCGUUGUCAAGGUACACAGAGCAGAGCCCACGCCGUGAGUCCCUGCUGACAACGACUCAAAGCAAAAACAGAGGAAAGAAGUUUGAUUUGAAACAGAGCCCAUCCCACAGAGAUUAAUUUGCAUACAUUUUAAUGAGGACAAACAUAAGCAAUGAAAAAUGGCGAAAUCACAGGAGAAGAAUUCAUCUUUUGAACUUAAUGUACAGGCUCUCCUUUCAUCAUCAAAAUGGCUUCAGCUACAUGGGCUCAAGAAAAACAGGUUGACCCUGUCUCAGAUCUUGUCACAGAUUGGAUUUAAACACAGAGAAGAAUUUGAUUAUGGAUUGCGAAAGCCAGUGUCAUCAUGUUAUGGGGAAGGCUUGUUCCAGCAACAUGUGGGAAAGGAUGGCAGGAUUUACAAUCUAACAGCGAGCAAAGAACAGCUUCAGCAGUUCGCUGUCGCUCUCACUCAGGCAAUUCGGUUCUUCCAACGACGAUUGGAAUGGCUGACCAGUGGGAGCAGACAGCUUUUUGGUGUAAUACAGGAACGUUGUAUAGUCAUCAUAUUGGAAUUUGCCCCGAUGCCUCAGAGCCUGUUUCAGCUUUCCCUAGAUGCCUUUUGCAUGGUUCUCCAAGAACAGGCGGCACUGAUUGGGAAAAUUAAUCUUAUCAGGGCAGCUGAUGAAAUGGUUGUAUGGCAGGAGAAAGCUGUACCCGUUUCUCCACAGACAAUAGGCUCAGCAAUUGAGUGGAUAAGGGAUUUUCGCCACAUGCCAACUACUAGCAAGACAAGCUCGGUGGAGGCUGUGUUACAAGCGAUGAGCGAUAAUACUAUUGAAGCAGUUUACUUUUUCACUGCUGGUGAUAGUCCUCAGGCGAUGAGAGAGCUUUUGCGUCGGAAGUUGACCAAGAGCCCAUGCCCAGUCCACAUGGUAUCGUUCAAUGCCAAGGAGGAAGGCACAAUUCAGUUCCUGAAAGAAUUGGCUCAUUUAACUGCAGGAAGAUUUCAUGCAUUUGCUCUGAUGAGUGAAUGUGAAGAAGAUGAAACAGUUUCCCCCAAUGACUUGAAAGACAGAGGCGCUGAGGCUCCAAAGACCCCGAGGAAACUGAUUGGAGGUUUGCCACCAGGGGCUGGAGUCAGAGAAGAUGUGUUCCUCGUCUGGAAUGAGAUAGAGGAGGCUAGGAGCACCUUGGCAGAAGUUCACACCCUCUUAAUGGAUGCUCCUCAGUCUGUGUUUAAUGCAGUCUCUGUUCAUCAGCCAGUGACACAGACAAGCUCAGAGGACUACAUCACUUCAAAGAAAUGGCUUGAAAAGUUUGGAAUGAAGGUGCGAAGAUUAUCUUGCUACGAUGCCCUUGCAGAUUGUGCUUUUCGACAUUCUGACGGAGUAGUGGAUAUAAAAGGGAAGCCAGUGAAUGAAUGCAUGCAAACUGAUGCAGAAACUAGAAUUAAACUUGUGAACGCCAAGUACUGUGGCCGCUUUGCUCACACACGGUGGAAAGAUGGCUCUGUAAUGCAUGUUUACAUAACUGCAGAGAAAUGCAAGCAGUACAGACAGAAAAUGAAGAUGGCAUUGGACCAGUUCCAAAGGAGAAUUGACUGGCUUCAGCAGGGGAGUAGGGAGCUGUUUGGGACCAUAAUUGAGAAUCAGAUUUACUUCCUCAUUGACACCUCUCAAUCCAUGGAAGAUAAGCUGGAGUUGGUGCAAAGGAAGAUCUUUCAACUCAUGCAGGAACAGCUUCGACACAAGACCAAAUUCAAUUUUGUGAAGUUUGACUCCAGAGCUGAUCCCUGGCAGGAGAAGCUGGCAGAAGUAAAUGAAAAUAACCUGGAAAAGGCAUGGUCGUGGGUUAAAGGCCUCCAGGUUGGGGGUUCCACAAACACUUUGGAAGCUAUACGACUUGCUCUUGCUGAUGGUGGCACUCAAGCUGUUUACCUCCUCACUGAUGGAAGACCUGACCAGCAUCCAAAAACCAUUAUUGCUCAGGUACAGCUCAUCUGCCUUGUCCCUAUUCAUUGCAUUGCAUUUAACUGCAACGAUGCUGAAGCCAAUGAGUUCUUAUAUGAGUUGUCUGAGAAGACAGGUGGACGGUUUCAUUGCUUUAACAGUGGUUUGGCAGUGCCUACUAACCCUCUGCCAUUUGAGAGUGAAGAUAUCUCCCUUUUGAAGAAAGAAAUGGAGAAGGGAAGAAAUGAUUUGGAGAAAGUAGAAAAGCUGCAUGCUGAAUGUGUAAUGUUGGACUGGUAUCACAAUGGUGAUGAAAUUGGUCCAAAGCACGAAAUCACUGCUGAUAAUCGAACUGGGAACAACAAUACAUCCCAGCUACAGUCUUUAAAUGCUAAUGCACUUUUGAGAUCCAAAUCAGCUAUGGAUUGGACACUAGCUACACACAGAAACCACAGGGACAGGUACCACGUUUACAACGCAGAUAGUGGCAAGAGAUCAAAUGACCUACAAAGGAAGAACGCCCUACAUGCUGCUCAUACCAAGUCCAGCUUACUUCGGGGUUUGAGCAAUGGUGUUAAAAUUAAUGAGAAUCUAAUGGAUGAAUGGCUGCUUCCAGAAAACAAGGAACUGUUUGUGAAUAAUCACAACAAGGAAUUGAAAGUUCUGAAAGGUUUCAGUUUGCUGGAAAGCAAACCUUUGACAAAAAAAGGAAGCAGACCCGCUAAAAACUCUCUGGAUAUUUCUUCAGCUUGCUGGCUGAAGACAAAUAGCUUAAUUGCAAAGCGACUCACUAUAAUGGAUGCACUUGCACCGACUGCCAUAGCUCAAACUUACAAGUAUGUCCCAAUCUUAGACAAGUAUAUUGUGUCCAAAGUCUUUGAUGAGAUGUUACCAUUAGCUCAUGUGAGCAACAGCAAGAAGCAGAUCACACUCAUUAAUCCAUUGGGUGUGAACCUUGAACACUACAAAAAAAGACUCCUCCUUGCUAUCCAGUGCUAUGAAAAGCGCCUAAAUUUAAUUGUAUGGAAAGCAUUAUCUCAGGAAGAGCGAGAUAAGUUCAACAGUGAUAAACCAAUCUCAUUUGGAGACCACAGAAAGGCUUUACUGCAGGCAUUGGAUAGAAUGGGUUGGCCUAUUGCUCAGGAAGAUAUUACAUUAUUGGAAGAUGAAAUCCAGACUGGUUAUACAUAUAAGCAACAGGCCUCAGAUCUCCAGAAGGCUGCCGAAGAAACGGAGCCGGAAUACAUGCGUCAUGUUCCCAGAGAUCAUAGUCACAACGUACAGAAAGCCACAAAACAGGCCGGAAGAAGAUUGGACACUCUCAGAGGUCAGAGGGUAAUUGCAAGGUCAGAAGUUGAUGGUUUUUAUUACCCAGGAAUCGUGACUAAGUGUGCUAGUGCAAAGAAAGCCAUAAUUGUUUUCGCUAAAGGAGACACCCAGGUUACACCAACUAGAUUUUUGAUUCGUGUUGGAGGAGCUUCAUCCUGUCCUUCAUUGACAGUGGGAGACUUUGUUUUGGUUCGUAGUGAUGCCGAGGCUGGAAAUGAUUGUUAUUUACCAGGGGUUGUCAUAGCAACCCCAAACAGAGCAGCAUCAGAUGAUAAAUUUUACACAGUUUUGAAAUAUAAUAAUAGAAGGGAACAUUCAUUCCGUAGCAAACUGAUUAAAAUCAGCAAGAUGCAAUAUACCCACAUCAGGCAUUACAUCCAAGAGGCUCAGAUGAUAGUUUGUACAACACCUGAUGUACAGUUUGUAAAGCCAAUUCCGAAACACAUAUUACAUCAAGAAGCAGACUCUUCAUCUUCAGAGGAAGAAAAAUACAGGGCAAAGAAAAAGGAAAGUAAAAAACAUCAUGGUAGACAAAGGGAUUCUAAAGAUAAUGAUGAUAAUGAAUGGCAAUCUGCUUCUGGAUCAGAGUUUGAACUAAAAGAGACAAGUUUCUCAGCUGAUGAAUAUAGUUAUGAUGGUAGAUUGUGCUUUCGUACAGAAUCGGGAUAAGUGAUUUCUCAACAGGAUGGUGAAGACAAUCAAAGGGAUUCUGGUGUUAGUUUUAUCAGUUGCUCACAUUGCUCUCAUUUCGGAAGAUGGCAGAACGUUCAAACUUGAAAAAGCAAAAUCAAUGUGAACUCCUGAUUGAGCACACAUGACCUGUUUUUCACACCUUUGCUGCUGGUGGAAGUUAUCAAAGUGCUUCUGACCUUCCUCAGGAGAUGAGAGGGGUUUGAGUGUCUUGCAGGGUGCACUGAUGGAAAAGAAAGAUAGUGGAAAUAAUGACUAAAAUGAAAGGAAAUGUAGGGUGGAAUGUUCCCCUCCCUGGUGCUGGUGAGUAGGGAAAUUAAUUGGACACAUUCACCCUGGAGAGAUAUUUACCACUGUAUCACCAACUCAGCAAUUCAGUGUUAGAUGAGAAGGAUCAUUGGGAUUUUCUCUAUACUGCCAGCAAUUAAGGCCUUAAGUGGUCAAUUAAGUCCCUCAACUCAACACCUCCCUGGGUAGGGAGAAAACCGGCUGAAUUUCCAUGUGAGAAGCCAGGACAACCUGUCUGCUGGGUUAAGAUUAUAGAACAUAGAAUAGUACAGCACAGUACAGGCCCUUCAGCCCACAGUGUGUGCCAACCUAUUAUCCUGUUAAGGUCAAUCCACCCUGCAUACCCUACAUUUUACUAUCCCCCCAUGUGCUUAUCCAAGAGUCGCUUAAAAGUCUUGAAAGUAUCUGACUCCAGUACCAUGUACCCACCACUCUCUGUGUAAAGAUCCUACUUCUGACAUCUCCCCUAUACCUUCCUCCAAUUGCCUCAAAAUUAUAUCCCCUCGUAAUAGUCCUUUCUGCCCUGGGAAAAAAUCUCUGGCUAUCCACUCUUUCUAUACCUCCCAUCAUCUUGUACACCUCUAUCAAGUCACCUCUCAUCCAUCUUUGCUCCAAUGAGAAAAUCCUAGCUCCCUCAGCUGGCCAAAGGUGGCAUCCAUUUACCUCAACUGGGUAGCAAUCAGUAGCACAGAAAGGGGUGCAAAAUGGUCCUCUGAAAGCCUUAGCCUUUGCUCCACGAACGCCCUUUCUUCUUGCAACCUCAAUCCCAUGAAGCAAAAGCAAAGCUCAUUACCCAGAAGGAAAUACCAGUAAAACUUACGGAUGGAGACACAGUUGGUCCCACUCCAUGUCAUUCAUUUCAAAAUGGAGCUCCAGUAUGACUACUGGACUCAUUUCCAAGUAUUAAGCAUUUAUUGUUCACUGGUUUUAUCCAUCACUGUGUCGCCACUGCAUCCUUUGAAUUGUACUUCUUGACCAAUGGACCAAUGGACAACUUCUGUAGUGGGAAAGAUCUGCAAACGUAUGUGACUCAGUUCCUGUUUUGGCAAAGCAGGACUCCACUGUCAAGGCCUGGGAUAAGGUAGAAAACUGACUGAAAAUCCCUACUCAGCACUUAAGCUGAGCAGCACCCAUUCUGAUUUAUCAGUCGCGAGGGGCAAGGAGGGGGAAUCAGUGAGUCAUUUGCCAUAAGACCUGCCAGCUCCCACAUUUCAACUGAAAACAAGAGAAUGAUGACCACUAAGAGAAUACAAAAUUAAAUCAAAAGUAUAGUUAAUCAGCUCCUGAUAGGGAAAGAGAGUAAUGUUUCAUAUUUCAGGACUCAUUUGGGAAGCUUUCCUUUGUAUGGAAGGCAUGCUGAAAUUAUAUAAAGCCUGCAAUAUAGAACAAUUCCAACCUCUCCCCGAAGAGUAAUAAUGAUAUUUCAGUGCAAAUAUCAACCAGACAAGCACGUAAGUUGAAGUCUUCAAGAUUUGCUCAAUCCAAAAUGAUGUUACUGUCAUUUAUUUAUGCUUAUGACUGAUCUGAUCUUUGUCUUUCAUGUGGUGUACAAUUCUUACAUUUUAACACUCAACCUGAGUUUUAUUCCCAGGUGGCAUAAUGGGGAAGAACUGCAAAUAUAUGUGAUUCAGUUCCUGUGUUGCAAUUUGCAUAUAUUUGCAUCCUAUACUGUAAAACAAAUCUAUGGCCCAGAUAGUCAUUUUUCAAAUGUGCUAAAAAAAUUCUUGAAAUCGCUGAAUAUUCUGGAAUAAUGUAAGUGAGCCAGUAACCUUUGCGCAAUCUAUUUUCCAUUGCCGAGAGACUAAGAAUUGAAAACCAGGAGUGAACUCACACAGAAAAUUGUUGGUCUUUGUUUUAAUUCCCCUUCCAAGUUUGAAUUUUCUCUUCUUGUCAUCUUGUCAGAUGAAUCUCAGCGCCGUGGGUAAAUUUGUUCCCAUAGACUGAAAUUCCCAUCUGUUGUUUGUUUCUAAUGCAAUCAAGUCGUACUUUGUUCUGAUUUUUGGCACAUGAAUGUUAACAGAAAUGCUACUUGAUCACCUGUGAUUUUGCUCAUUUAAAAGAAAAGAAAAAAAAUCUGCUCCUCUUCCAGCAACAGUGUGCCUUCUUUUGUUCAUUACUGAUUCUUGCUGCUUCUGUGGCCAUAAUCUAAAGAUUUUUUUGUCCAUUCACUUUUCUGGGGAAAUUCAGUAUAGUAGAGCAUAUGUUUCAUGUUUGAUCAUGAGAUGUGGACAGCACUGCCUGGGCCAGCAUUUAUUGUUUAUCCUUAAGUGCCCUUGAAAAUGUGGUGGUGAGCUGCCUCCUUGAAGUGCCGCAGUCUGUGUGCAGUAGGUAAACCCACAUUGCCCUUAGGAAGAGAAUUCCAGGAUUUUGACCCAAUGACAGUGAAGGAUGUAUUUGGGAGGUCAGGAUGGUGAAUGGAUUGGAGGAGUAUUUGCAGGUGGUGGCAUUCCAUUGUAUAUGCUACACUUGUCCUUUGAGAUGGAAGUGGUCGAGAGUUUAGAAGGGGCUUUGGAGAAUUUCUGCAGUGCACCGUGUAGAUAGCACACACUGCUGCUACUGAUCAGUGGUCGAGGGAGUUACUGGCAUCUCAUCCACAAACAGUCAAGUGGCCUGCUUUAUUCGAAUUGCCCAGAGUGUAGUUACAAAUAAGACUGGGGUCCUGGAUCACCACGUGCAGUAAUAUUACCAAUAUGACGCUGCCUCCCCCAAACUGUGAUGUACAGUGGGUACCAGAGUAUGUCUGAUGUCUGAGCAGACUGGUGGGAAAGGAGGAGAGAGGUAACAGAUGAAAGAGCAAAUUACAAGGAUAGUGCUUACAGAGAUUGACAAGAAAAAUGGAGAGAAGUAAAGAGACACCAAAGAACAUAUGAGUGUUUUCCUAUCAGUAGAAUUCAAUGUAAAACAGAAAACCAUAAAGAAGAACAUGGGCCAAAUUCCUUCAUGUAAGACUUUGAGGGAGGCAUUAUGUUGCAAUGUAAUUUUGAUGAUAGGUAGCUGAAAAGUAAGAAGCUGUGAGAUCCAUGGGCAGAGUGGCAAGUUGUUUCCAACACUGUCUAACUGGCAGGAAGCAAAAGGGUAAUGGCUCGGUGGAAGGCUGUUUCUACAAGGGCUCCACAAGCUCGGUGCUAAGUCCUUUCCUGUUUGCUGUGAUCUGUUGUUUAGACUUAAAUGUGAAGGUCAUGCUUAAGAAGUUUGCAAAAGAUAGAAAAAUUGGUCAUGUGAUAUUCGAUACCUGUGGUAUGGACAUACUAAUGGCAGGAGGGUGGCUUAGGGAUUUCAGUCUGUGUUCGGGAAGACAACAAGGGAAUGCAUAAUAAAUGGGAGGAUGCUGAGAAGUAUGAUGGGAUAUUGGAGGGUGAAUCACAGUUCGUGGAGAUAGGGCAGAUGAUCAAGAAGGCAAGUGGAAUGCCUUCCUUUAUUGGUUGAGGGUUAGAAUUUAAGAGAGGUUAUACUUAAUCAAACAUUAGUUAGACCACAACUAGAAAGCUAUGUAAACUUCUGAGCACCACAUUCCAGGAAUGAUGUAAUUGCACAAUAGGGAACAGAGGAGACUUAGGAAAAGUUGGCGUCAGGAAUGGAGAUUUUUGAUGGCAGGAAAUGGUUGCAAAAUCCGGCGUUAUUUUCUUUGGAACAGAGGCUAAUUGCAGUAUGCAAAAUUAUGAGAGGCUUAGAUAGCAUGGAAAUAAAGAAUGUAUUUGUCUUGGUAGGGAGGUCAGUAAGCAAGAAGUAUAGAUUUAUACUAAUUGGCAAAUGAUCAGAGGGGAAUUGAGGAGGGACUUUCCAAGCUAGAUGAUGAUGGAGUUCUGGAACUCAAUGCCUGAAAGAAUAGCAGUUGAAGAAAUCACUCAGAGAUCUGUGGCCUUGCACCCUAAUGUUCCCCUGUAACAUGGUAAGGGCUGGAAGGUCCUACUUUUUCAUCUUUGACUAGGUCAAAAUCCACAGCAUCAAGACAGACCUUUUAAACAGCAUCCCUUAGUACUCAGCGGCCUCUGUGGCUGCCUUCCACUUUUUUGAAUGUAGUCUGCAGUCAAGCCUAGCAAUGAAGAUUGUGCUAUCUGAGAUUUAUCCAGAUGAGACCUUGUCCAAAGUUGGGAAUUUUACUUCUGCCAUGAUCGAUCAAUCUGCUCGCCCUCUUUGAUGCUGAAUUUUAAUACUUGCCCUCCGUUGGAAAUGUUAUAUUACAGUAUUUUCACAUUAAAUACACGCCUGGUGUCAGUGCUCAAAAACAUUACAUGGGUAAGCUCCAGUAGAUAUCACUUACAAGUGAAUAGUGCUGGGCUCCUAACAGCCCCAAAUUCUGAAGAACACAUCAACUGCAGCUAUUCCAAUAUUUACA